AUGGCUGCCAGUGUGCAUCCGACAGAAGAGAAGUUGCCCCCAAAGCUGAAGUACCGAUGGUUCCCUUCAUGGCGGAUGUUAACUGCAACACUAUUGUGUCUUUGCUUUUCGAGAAUGUUGUUGUACUUUUUAAAUGUUAAAAAUUUAACGUACGAAACUACUAAAUUCGAUACGAAAACUGCCGAAAAUUGUACUAGUCGUAAAGCAAAAUCAAAUUGCAGUGUACAUAUGAUGAAUAGCAAUAUGGGAAUGGCAAUCGUUUGCAUGAUCAAACCAUCGCAAUUCAACCACUCAAAAUCAGCCAAUUACAUUUUUGACAACCAGUCAACACUGUUGCAAAUGGAGGGCAGUCAGAAUCUAAUUGACGAAAAAGAAAUGAAUAGUGAGAAUGCCGGGAAAACGUUCGGUGCAGCUGAGCGAAUGGACUGGAGUGCGGACGAACAAGGAUAUAUUUUUAGUGCAUUCAAUUUGGGUCUGCUGACAAUGUUAGGGACGGGUCUUCUAGCUGAUAAGUUCAAUGCUAAAUACAUGAUUAUUGGGAGUGUUCUGAUCGCAAGUUUCGCAAACUUAUUGAUAGCUGUGGCAUCAGCGUUGAGUGUUUACUACACCAUCGCUGGACGAUUUCUCGUUGGUGUUUCGGAUGCGCUGCUUCAGCCGUCUGUAAAUUCAUUAAUCACUCGUUGGUUUCCACCAACCGAAAGAAGCUAUGCGCUCGGGUUGGCCACUGGCGGAAGGCAACUUGGUACGCUCUUGAUAGUUCCCGCAUCUGGAGCGCUAUGCAGUCAGACAAUCCUGUUCGGUGGUUGGCCAUCGAUAUUCUAUUUAUCAGCGAGUAUCGGUAUCGCAUUCGUUAUCAUAUACACAGCAUUAGGUGCCGAUAAACCGUCCAAGCAAACAUGUAUAGCCGAGAAAGAACUGAAAUUCAUCACAGCAUCCAAUUUGAAUGAGAAUAUCGGUAAGAAGCGUAUGCAACGGAAAGUACCGUGGUUACAAAUCCUGAAAUCGGCUCCCGUAUGGUCGGCCGUUAUUGCGGUCAUCUGCCAUGAAUUCCCGCUGAUGACCAUGAUCAUGUUCCUUCCAAGUUAUCUGCAUGAUGUGCAUCAUUAUACAACUACCGAGAACGGCAUUUUAUCCGCUCUACCAACCGCUUGUCUUUGGAUCAGCAAAAUAUUGUCAUCUUAUUUGAACACUUUCUUACAGAGAAGAACCAAACUUAGUCGCACGAUUAUAUGCAAAAUAUUGAAUUCAAUUGGCUCACUUGGAUUGGGUCUGUUCUUAUGGGCAUCAACAUUACUGGACUCAUCUCAUGCACCAUUAGCUGUGAUACUGCUCUGCGCCAGCAUGGCUUGUGCAGGUCUGCAUACACCCGGGUGUCAAGCAUCGCUGGUAUCACUGGCACCAGCGUUUUCAGGUGCAAUCACUGGACUUACGUUCUUUUUUGUUGCAUCUGCUGGCAUCAUCAAUCCAAUAAUUACGAAAUGGAUUGUUCAGAAAGGCACUCACUUGGAAUGGAAUGCAGUCUUCUACAUGUCAACACUGGUUGCGUUAAUCCCAGUUGUUACGUUCAAUAUAUGGGGAUCUGCUGAUGUUCAGUGGUGGGCAAGAUCGUCAAAAGAUCACACGUCAUCAUCUACAGUUAUCGUUACUACAGAAUCUCCAAGAGUGCGCCACACAACGUGCGAUUUUAAUGUGAUCAACUUUCAACAACACCAAAAACCAUCUGUUAAAUGCAGUGAAAACGUCUGA